AUGACAUUAGAAUGGACUAAUCCUAAUCCUAAUCCUGAACAAGAGCUUUUCUUCAUUGGAUUAGAAGGUAUCAGUCUGAAUACGUCAACAUUAACAACACAAACUUCAACAACCAGCGAGCAAACAUCUGCAAUUCAAACAUCACAAACAAGCCAGCCGACAUCUGUAACUCUUACGUCACCAACCAGAGAGCCAACAUCUGCAAUUAAAACAUCACAAACCAACGAGUCAACACCUGAAACUCUAACAUCACCAACCGGCGAGUCAACACCUGCAUCCCACACAACAAAGAAAGCACCAACAACAGUCUCUACAGAUGACAUUUCGUCAACAUAUAAGAUCGUAACUAGUCGCAAUUCAAGUCUGACGAAUUCUUCUUUCACUAAAAUACCAGCUGUUGGUAAAUCUCAGCCACCGGAAGAGAAGAAUAAGUUCCCAUGGUACAUCAUCCUCGUAGCUGGACUGCUUGUUCUCAUUGCAGUCAUUGUUAUCAUUAUCGUGAUUAUCUGGAAGAAGAAAAAGAAACAGAAAGUGGAACCAUCGGAUGACAAACCUGCAAGUGAUUCAGUGGCGAACACGAGAGCACCUGCGUCAGCAUUUGCCAAAGCUUCUCAUAACCACAGACACAAUGAUGAGGCCGGAUCAAUUGAUGUGCUGCGCACACUCCCCCCUUUAAACCUACAGCAGCAAUCAUUGACAGUUUGUAAUGAUAACGACACUGAGAGAAAUGAACAUCAACCAGAAAAUGCAUCCAAGAAGAGGAAGAAGAGGAGGAAGAAGCACAAACGCAGGGAAGACCUCGAUGACAACGAUGUAAAUGAAGAUCAAGCAGAAGGUGAAACAGAGGAACACUCAAUUGAGGUUUCUAAACGUCGUAAACGUAAAAAGAAACACAGGGAAAAGAAAAUGGAUGAAUAUAUGGAUGGUGAUGAUGUAUAAACCAUAGGAAAACACUUCCUUUUUAAUAUCCUUAUCUGAGUGUGCGAUGUUUUUUUGCGUUUAUUAAUUGUCAUCAUUUGGAAACUUUUCAGUGCUCGUGAGGUGUUAAUUAAACUUAUAGGAUUACAGCUACCUGUGCGGGGAUGUAGUAGCAUUGGAAUGUUUGAUACAAAUUAUGUCAACGCCGUUAUGUGUAGAUUAUCAGAUGCUUCUAAAGCUGACUGGUUAUACUUUAUCAUCAUUUAUCAUGAUACCUACAUAUU